AUUUGAAUCAAAAGGAAGCGGUUGUGUACUUCACUGGUUUUCACUGUCCAUAGAUGCUGCCUUUGUAAAUCGUUUUGCUGGGUUUUAAAAUAAGUGUACCCAGUUCCUCUGAAACAUCUUUUUAAUUAUAUUAUUUUUAAUCAUAAAAGGUCAGUUUGUACAAGCGCAACUUUCUGGUCGUUUGAAUUUAUAAAGGUAUCCAUAUAAGAAAGCAGGCUCAGUUCACCUCCCGGCCAGCGGGGGCGCUGUAAGUAAAUAUUUUGUGUAUCCGUCAGCCAUCUGCCGCAGUCAGUUGGAUCCAACGGGAUUGGAAAAUGGAGGACUGACCGAAACGAGGGCAUGUCGUCGCUUUUUUAGUAUUUAGGUUCCUGAACCUAAAACUAUUAACUGAAAUUGAAGAGCCUUUUAGUUUGAAGAGGCACCUCCUGACAAAUCCUUUCCGCUUGCAGGCUUUGGUAAGGGGCAGAAGGAACAGUUUCAAACACAGAGCAAGAAUGUGGCCAAAGAGUUGCUAAAGCAGCCGGUAAAAUAGUCUUCACACCAAAAGUGACAUAAAGAAGAUUUUGGGCUUCCGUCGGUCAACUGUCAAAAAGAGAGAUGCCAGUGGAGGCAGCAACCGACAGUCCAGAAAGCCGCUGUCCAGUGCGGCGCAGUGGCAGACAGCCCAAGAGAACCGACAAGCUUGAAGAAUUUCUCUUGACUGCAAAAAGAGGGUCAAGAAAGAGCGCUCCUCCCAGUGUGGAAAGCGGAGACCCUCCUUCGCAAACUCCAACCGAUGCAGAAACGGCCUCCGAGGCCAGUUUUGAUGGCAGUGCCGACUCCAAGGCUGUAGAGGACAAACCGGAGUCCCCUGAGAGGAGGACAAGAAGCAGCACCAAAAAGCAGACUCAAAAGAAAACCCACGGAGGGAGACAAACGAGAAGCUCUGGCAGAGUGACUGUUAAAGAUGAGAGCUCUGAGAAUGAUGACGACAGUAAAGAUGCUGUCAGAAAGGAUCAGUUACUGGAUAACAGCAAAGAAAACCAGGAUAAAAAGAACUAUGCUAGUUCUGAAGAUUCAGGGAUCAAAAAUGCUAAGCAUUCUGAGCAGAACCCUGGGACAAAAGUUAUGUCUGAGGACAAAAAUCAACCUGAAUUAAAUGACAAAGAUGAAAUGGAGGACAUGGAUGAAGACAACCCCUCGAUGACGGAAACUCGUAAACCAGUAAGAACUUAUGUUAAUAAAAAGAGAGCAGCUAAAACACCCGUUAAAGCCCCCAUUCCUGCCGCCAACUCUGCCGCUCCCGCUAAGACUGAAACAAAACCCAAAGUUAUUGGAAAGGCAAGCAAGCCUGAGAUGCAGGAUAAAAAUGACGAUGAUGAAGAAGCGGAUGAUUCUUUUACAUCUUCAUCCUCGUCAUCAUCAGAUGAGUCUGAUGAUGCAGGCUACGACCCCAAUGCCCUCUACUGCAUCUGUCGUCAGAAACACAACAAGCGGUUCAUGAUCUGCUGUGACCGCUGUGAGGAGUGGUUUCAUGGGGACUGCGUUGGCAUCACGGAGGCCCGGGGGCGCCUGAUGGAGAGGAACGGGGAAGACUACAUCUGUCCCAAUUGCACUGCAAAGAAAAACCAGGUCGUCCGGCCGGCUACGUCUGGCCUCACUCCAAACACGGAGGUUGUAAAGCCGAAAAGUGAUGAUGCUGCUGCGGCGACAACUUUAACAUCUUCUGAGAAAGCCACCAGCAGUGGGACGAAGCCAAAUCCAUCAGCUGUCCUGGCUGUGGCGCAACCAUCCAUAACAAGUGGAACUGAAGAAAAGGGAACCGAGGAUCUGGGCAUCAAGGGGAGGAUAGAGAAGGCUAUUAAUCCAACUGGGAAGAAGAAGAUCAAGAUCUUUCAGCCGCAGGUUGCUCAGCAGCCAGUUGAGGCCAAAGCAAACCAGAAGGUGGCACCAGCUGUGGAGACAAAGGUCCCAUCAACAGCUCCACCAGAAAUGGAGCAGAGAGUCGCAACAGUGGUGGAGGUGAAAACGACACCAGCUGUGGAAGCAUCCGAGAACCAGAGCGAGCAGAUGGCCGAAGACGCUUCCCUUCCCAAAUGCAUCGGGCCUGGCUGUGAGAGUAACGCCCAGCCAGACUCUGUGUACUGUGGAAAUGACUGCAUCCUGAAACACGCUGCAGCAGCCAUGAAGUCCAUCACGGAUGUCAAAGAUCCCAAAGACAAGACCAAGGCUCAGACAAAGAAGAGCAGCGCCGGUGGAGCGACGGGGCAAAAGACGGACAAGAGUGCCUCGGACUGCGAAAAACACCUCGGUCUUGAUGUAGAGAAGGACGAAGAGGAGCAUGCUGAGGAGCAGCGACCUCCACCUUCCACUGCUUCCUGGUCCAGCGACCAUAAUUACAUUGCAGCAACACCAGAAAAGACUACACCCAUGUCACCAACAGUGUUAAACAAAAAAUCUCCCGUCAAAGAAGAGAAGCAGACUGAGAAGGAGCCAGAGCAGACUCCUGAGAAAUCCUCCAUUGCAUCUGAGUCACCAAGCAAAAGACAGAAGAAGUCUUCACCAAACAAAGAUGCAAAGAGUUCUAAGAGCAAGAAGUCCAAUCGUGCUGCAAGCUCAAAGGCCUCCAAGAAACCUACUGCAGCUCAGACUAAACCUGCAGAGAAGUCCAAGAAGCCUCCUCCAGCACCUGUCCCACCACUGUGUCCAUUCCCUCCUGGUCCCAUUCAUGCCACAGGGGCCCUCAGAGUCACCAAGUCCAACUUCACCAUUCCUAAGAAGCAGCCUCAACAAAAAGAAUCCAGUUCUGAGACUCCUUCCAACUCCUCCCCAAGAGCCCCGUCACCUCAUGUGUCUUCGGGUUCCUCCAGCCGUUCUUCAUACAGAUCUUCACAUCCACCUGCUUCAUCACCUCAGUCGCGGCCCCCACCCAACCACCAGAUGAGACAGAACAUCCGCCGCUCGUUAACAGACAUCCUCUUUAAAAGGGUGAGUGACAGCGAUGACUUGAAAAUGACAGAGAGUGAAGUGGCAAGACUUGCGUUUGCUAUUGAGAAGGAGAUGUUAAACCUAUGCUUGAGCACAGACAGCAAGUACAAGAACAAAUACAGGAGUCUGAUGUUGCAUCUUAAGGAUCCUAAAAACAAGGGCUUGUUCUACAGGGUGAUUGAUGGAGACAUCACCCCCUUCAGAUUGGUGAGACUAAGUGCUGAAGAGCUGCUUUCCAAAGAGAUCUCUGGGUGGAGGAUGUCUGACUCAUCAGAGGGUCGUUCCUCCAGUUCCAGGUCUCAUUCUGGCCAGUCGAGGCUCAGAGGCAGACACGAGUCCCACAGCGCAGAAAUGGAGGACGCUCCACCAACAUCUGAUGCAGAUGUAUGUAUCUCUACUGCUGCUUCGUCUUCUCGCUUGGGUUCUGCUUCUGACCAAGAUGAGUCUGGCUCCACCCCCUUAGCUUCAGCUCAGUCCUCUGCAGCUGAAGGAAGCAGCGGCAUGGUGGAUAUUUUCAGCAGCAUGCUCAAAGACACGACCUCUGAACACAGGACCCAUCUGUUUGACCUCAAUUGUAAAAUAUGUACAGGACAAAAGGCAGAAGAUGAACCUGCAGCCAAAAAGGCCAGACUCAUGAAGAAGCCUGACUCCAAGGCACCCAGACAAGAGUCUGUUUCCACCAGGUCAGGAGAUGUGUCUCCUGUAAGCCACCCUCUCCAAGAGCCUUUAUCAUACCAGCAUCCCGUCCCAUCAUCCCAGCAGUCCAAUGUGGAGCAAGCUGUUACAGAAUCUCAGCCACAGCUCUAUCAGGAGGAGCCCAGUGUCAUGGUGCCCCCAGCUCCGACUCCUGUACUCAUCACCCCAGCGGUGGCCUCUGUCAGCAUUAGCCGCAGAGAUCCGCGCAUGGCUCGGCUCACAUCUGGGGCCAACGUUGCCCCGGUAGCAUUGGAGAAACCCGCAAUCCCUGCAGUAGCAGAGAUGGUGUCAGCUCCUGUCACCGCUCCAGUGGAGGUUGGAGCUAAAGUAAUACUGCCCAUGCCCCCGGUUCCACCGUCAGCAGUAGUGGUGUCUAAAUCUUCAAAAAAAAGCUCGCUCGAGCCUCCUCCUGAGGGGGAAACUGCCAUUUUCCUCCACGGUCUGGAUAUGAUCUGGAAAGGAUUUGUCAACAUGCAGUCUGUAGCUAAGUUUGUGACCAAGGCCUACCUGGUGUCUGGAUCUUUUGAACAUCUUAAAGAGGAUCUGCCAGACACCAUUCAUGUUGGAGGCCGGAUAUCUCCCAACACUGUAUGGGAUUAUGUUGGAAAGCUGAAAACUUCCCUCUCCAAGGAGCUGUGUCUUAUCCGGUUCCAACCAGCCACAGAGGAAGAGGAGGUGGCUUAUGUCUCCCUCUUCUCCUACUUCAGCAGCAGAAAGAAGUUUGGUGUGGUUGCCAACAACAACCGACGAAUCAAAGACCUCUAUCUCAUCCCACUCGGCUCUAAGGACCCUCUACCCGCCAAACUGUUACCGUUUGAUGGACCAGGCCUUGAACCGGCUCGCCCUAACCUACUUUUGGGGCUGUUGAUCUGCCAGAAGGACAGAAAGCGCUCUGGAGCAUCGCUCGAUGCUGAGGAAAAACGGUCCAAGAUCCAAACCAAAGAAGCAGAUGAAACCGGGCUUCCAAAGACGACUCAUUCAGUCAAAGUAGACAAGAGCUCCAAGCAGAGUCUUGAAAUCUCCUUCAGCACAACUCCCCCAGGAUCACCUCCGUCUAGCAUCUCUGAAGCUCCCAGCAGCACCGCAGCUGCCUCAGUCCUCUCAUUGCUGUCAUCCGUUAAAGCCGUUGCCGCGUCCGCUACCUCUGGUAAAGAGUCACCAUCUGCAUCUAGCUCCAACACCGCCACUCCUCUUCAAACCAUUCUAAACUCUCUGUUCAAGAGCAAACAUGACUCGGAGGCUUCUAACUCUCCUUCUGACCAGUUUGGGGACAUCCCUGCAGCCGCUUCUUUGCUAGACCCCAUCUUGCGUCAGUUUGCCCAGAAUCCUCAGGAGAAACCAGUAGAAGAAGACGAGGACGACCGACCAUAUGAUCCAGAAGAGGAGUAUGAUCCCAGCAGAGGGUAUAAUGUAUUGACAAAACCAGUUGACACACUAGUCAAACCGGAGGUGCCCAAGCAGCCUGAGGUGGUAGACAAUGAAACUGAUGAUGUGGCGUAUGACCCAGAGGAUGACUCUAUUUUUGAAGAGGUCAAAACUUUGGUACCAGCUCAAGUUAAGCCUGCAACUGAAAGUGUUUCAGAUCCAAAAAAGAUUCUGGAGAACCUUAAAAGGAUUGGAGAGCAGAUGCUGCAGAAACAAGCGGAAAAGCAAUCAUCCACAGGGACGGCUGUUGCCUCUUUGACCACAGACACUCUUGUAACCCAGCCUGCGACAUCCCUCUUGGGCAACAGCCAGCUACUUCUGUUAGGCAAAAAGGUCGAAGAAUUUGUAAAGUCAUCAACUGUCCCUCCGAUCAACCAGAGGAGAGAUCCAAGACAAGGCAGGGAUCCAGGCCAGGCCACUGGCGGAAACAACCUGUCUGAUGAAUCUGAGGAGAAACAGGAGUCGCCUCUUUUGAUUGAUUCUGUUCCUCCUUCACAGUCUGUGGAGCAGGUGUCAGAACAGCCUAAUACAACAGAACUCCCAGAGUCCUCCACAGUCCCAGAAGCUUCACCUCCAGAAGAUGAAGACAAAAUUGAGAAACAGUUAUUCACAGAGUUGGAAAAGAAAGAAGUGUCGAUUCCUCUAUUGGGCGAAGACCCUGAUAUGGAGGAAGACAUUGAAGUAAAAGCCGAAGAAGAAGAAGAAGAAGAAAAACCAGUUAAGGAGGAAACAAAGUUUGACAAGUACAAUGUUUGGCCAAAUGCGGCUAGUGUUUUAAAAGCUGGUGACGACUCAGAGUAUGAAGAAAACAGCCAAGAUAUACCAUCAAGAGAUUAUUACAGAGAGUCUGAAGAGACAUCAAUGACCUCCACCAUCCCAGUCCUCACUCAGAGCUCGACAGCUGACAUUCACUCACGUCACAUGUCCCAACACAUGUCAACACCAAGCUUUGAUAGUAAUUACAGGUCUCGGGCUGACAUUCCCUUGCGGUCCACCUUCCCCACCCCCAAUUCAAUUCAGGGACCAAACCUGAUGAUGAGGCCUCCAUCUGUAUCCAUGCUACCACCCUUACAGGGUCCUCCAAUGUCAGGACCCCCUUCUAUGCAUGCCCCUCACCCUGUUCGUGCCCCCCCUCCUCUCCAAGGUGACAGCAGUAUUCAAUAUGGCCCACCUCAGUCCUCAUACCCUCCGUACCAGAACCAGAACCAAUGGCCGAGCACCCAGCCACCACAGCCGCAACAGCCACUUCCUGGAUUACCACCACAGAAUAUGAUGCCUCCUAGAGGACCACUUCCAUUUCCUCCAGUUGCUCAGAGAGCCCCUCCAUCACAGAUUUUUGAUCCCUCCAUCCCCCCUCAGCACAUUGGACAGCAAGGCCCCCCUCCAGGCCUGCCGCUACCUCGUUUUGAUGGGCAGAACAACUUAGCUCCACCAAGAUUCACAACUUCCGUUCCUCCUCCUUUCAGUUUCCCUACUAACAGAGCUCCUCCACCUUUCACAACACCACCACCUGGUCACUUUGAUAACAGACUUCCUCUGGCAGGCAUCUUCCCAGGGCCCAGGGGUCCCCCACCAGCCCAGUAUGGUGAGCAACAGUAUAACAAAGACUCUCCUAGUAACUCCUUUAAUCCACAUAUAGACCAGAAUCCAAACACACAUCUUCUUUUUAAAGACAACCAGAGAUCUCUGCCAGCUCCAACUUACCGACCACAUCCACCUAACCAGUACGAGGACAGAAGAGGUCCACCUCCCAGUGCCGAGAUGAGUGGGCAGCACUUCAAACCACAUAACCAGUAUGAGAGUGCCAGGCCACUAUCUUCACCAGUACAGAGAGGUUCUUUUGAUAAUAUGCGAGGUCCCCCGGCUCAGGACAGAUCCCACCCAUCUCCACUUGCAGAGAGGUACCGCUUUGAUUGGCAAUCAGAUGAGCCUAGACCGAUUCGCCACAGUUUACCAAUACUGCCAAGUCACCCAGAUGGACCUCACGGUCCAGGCCUCCAUGGGGCCCACAGCCCAGACCUGCAUAGGGAAGACCACUGGCGUCACCAUUCCCCUGAGAUGAGACGGAGGAGCAACACCAUUCUCGAUGAUGUAGAACCUCGCAUUGUAGAGCGUUUGAGCCUAUUUGAAGGAUUACACAGAGAACUUGCUCCUAGCUCCUUGAGAUCUUCUGAGGAGAGACAAAGAGAGCUUUCUGAGGACCGAAGGGAAGACAGAGAGAAGGAAGGUCCCCAUGGAGGCAGGGCAUCUUGGGAGAGGGGACAGGGAAAACACUGGAGCAGAGAGCGUGAGUGGGAUAGAAGCAGAGAAAGAGACUGGGAGCCAGAGCUUGGUCGAGAAAGUGACCACAGCAGAGGGAGGGACAGUGAAAAGAACAAGGAGACGGAAGGAGGACGACAUAAAGAGCAAGACUCUGACAAGAGGAGAGACAGAGACCGAGACAGGGAGAGGGACAAAGAGCGAGAGAAGGAAAGGGACAGAGAGAGAGAAAGAGCAAGGGAUUCUGAGCGUAAGGACUAUGACCGGAGGGAGUCUGAACGGAGGGACUCUGAGCGGAGGGACUCUGAGCGGAAGGAGUCUGAGCGGAGGGACUCUGAGCGGAAGGAGUCUGAGCGGAAGAACUCUGAGCGGAGAGAGUCAGAGCGUAAGGACUAUGAGAGGAAGGACUCUGAGCGAAGGGAGUCUGAGCGGAAGGACUCUGAGCGAAGGGAGUCUGAGCGGAAGGAGUCUGAGCGAAGGGAGUCUGAGCGGAAGGAGUCUGAGCGAAGGGAGUCUGAGCGUAAAGACUAUGAGAGGAAGGAGUCUGAGCGAAGGGAGUCUGAGCGUAAAGACUAUGAGAGGAAGGACUCUGAGCGAAGGGAGUCUGAGCGUAAAGACUAUGAGAGGAAGGACUCUGAGCGAAGGGAGUCUGAGAGGCGGGACUACGACCGUGACAGGGCACGGAACCGAGACAAAGAACGAGACCGUGAACGAGAUCGAAGACGAGAUCGAUCCAGAAGCAGAGACCGUGAUCGGGAUCGUGGGAAAGACAGAGGUCGAGACAGGGACAGGGAUCGAGAUCGGGACAGGGAGCGAGAGAGAGACAGAGAUCGUCGAGAUAGGAGCAGAAGCAGAGAGAAGAAAGAGGACAAAAGAGACUAUAAACGUGAUACAGCCAAGGAUAAAACCAGAAGUGCAGAAAACAAAGACACUUCUUAGUCUCCGUUUUAUAGACAUCAGAUUUCUUACCCCUAAAUAUACCCAUUCUAAAAACACUGUACCCAUACAUCAGCAGUAUUUUGCUAUCUUUCCCCAACUUCUGUUGUACCAUUGUAAAAUUGGUGAACUCAAGAUAAUUUUAUUCGUCGUCAUUGUAAGAUUUCUGUUUUAUCGUAUGGAAAGAAGUUGCUCCUACAACCUGUACUGUUUUGUUGAAGAAUCACAAUGUAACUAAUGAAUCCUCCAUUUACAACAUGUAAAUAUGAACAUAUUUGUGUAUAUACUGAUGUUUUUAACCAUACUUUUCUAAGUGGGAGAAAGUUAAAGCCAUAUAUCUGUGCUGAAUAAUAUGGAGACAACACUGUUAGUUUUACUUAAUGUUGAGCAUCUUUGAACUAAAAGGCAUCUGCCCACAGUAUACAUCCCAUAAAUAACUUAGAUGUCCAGCUUUUGUUUCAACUAAUUAAAUUUGUUUGAAAGUU